UGCAGUGUGCAGUGCCUGUGAGAAGUAAUUUUUGCCCAAAAACGUGAUUUACAUACCCCUAAGAUUUCAGGGUUUAAGUGGCAAGGCCUACGGCUACCGUAGGGUUUAACAAAGCUCCCCAUCGUCAUUCCGAAUUCAACUUUUCUCUUCGAACUCGAACAUCUCCGUGAAAUCAGAGUUUCAGCAUUCAAUCUCCAAUGGCGGUCGAGCACUUUCAGAAUAUGUACGAUAUUAGGUUAAAACCUAGAUUGCUUCGAUCACUGAUGAGAGAUUACCUCCCCGAUGACAAACGCCCAUCUCCUAGCCCUUCCAAGCUUUCAGACGUGGUUUCUGCAAUCAAGACUCAUGGCCUCCUACUCGAGCCUUUUAGGGAACCAGUUGAUCAAAAACAGAUCGAUAAUUGGAAAUCUUCUAUCGAUGCAUGGGUUGAGCGGUUGCUGCUUCUCAUUUCAAGUAAAAUGCCAGAUAAAUGUUGGGCAGGAACCUGCUUGCUUGGCGUGACUUGUCAAGAAUGCAGCACUGAUCGGUUUCUAGCAUCUUAUUCUGUUUGGUUCCAGAAGCUCAUUUCACAAAUCCAGCCUCCAUCAGAUUCUCAUUUUGUGAAGGUAGCUACUUGUGCUUCUUUAUCAGAUAUGCUUACAAGGUUGGGUGGAAUUUCAAGUGUGAAAAAAGAUGGGACUUCCCAUGCUGGUAAACUUAUUCAACCAGUUCUGAAGUUGCUAACUGAGGAUAGCUCAGAGGCCGUAUGGGACGGGGCAGUUGUUCUGUUAUGCAACAUUAUAACUUUCUUUCCUUAUUCUGUCCAUCGUCAUUAUGACAGCGUUGAAGCUGUUAUUGCUUCAAAAAUUAUGUCAGGGAAAUGCAGUGAAAAUAUAUCAAAGAAGCUUUCGCAUUGCUUGGCUUUGCUACCUAAGUCAAGAGGAGAUGAGGACUCCUGGUCUCUAAUGAUGCAAAAAAUUCUAAUCUCGAUAAAUGUUCAUCUGAAUGAUGCAUUCCAAGGUCUAGAGGAAGAAACUAAAUGUAAUGAAGCUAAGAAAUGCUUAGUUCCACCAGGGAAAGAACCCCCUCCUCCUUUGGGAGGUCAGACAAUGUCAGGAGAAGCCUCAGAUCAAGCAAUCAAAAGGUCUGAGAAACUAAUAAUUCCCAGAGUUUCGAUGCUGGUACUCUGCUGUUCCACAAUGCUUACUAAUCCAUAUCCUGUUCAGGUAACUGUUCCUGUUCGCCCUUUACUAGCACUUGUUAGCAGAGUGCUGUCACUGGAUGGUUCAUUAUCAAAAGCCUUAUUGUCCUUCGUGACAGUCAUGCAACAAGAGUAUAUUUGCUCAGAGCUUCCAGUUCUGCACUCACACAGCCUGGAUCUUCUGGUUGCAAUCAUUAAGGGAGUACGCAGUCAGCUGUUACCACAUGCUGCAGAUGUUGGUAGACUCCUAACUGAGUAUUUCAGGCGAUGUGCACAUCCAUCAUUGAGGAUAAAGGUCUAUUCAAUAAUGCAGAUGUUGCUGACAUCCAUGGGAGUUGGAAUGGCUUUAUGCCUUGCCCAGGAAGUUAUUAACAAUGCAUUUGUUGAUCUAGAUUCUGUUAGUCAUGGGCAUGAGAGUGCAUCUUCUAAAGUGCGUGUAAAAGCCACAACUGAAUCACUGCAGCAACCUAGACAUAGGAAACGGAAACAUAUUACUGCAGCAGGCUCUUUGGAGGAGCACCAGAAUGGCAUUGGCUCGGAAGGUGAAGUACAUGAAAACAAACCUAAAGUUCCGACCUCUGUCCAGAUAGCUGCCUUACAGGCACUGGAAGUUCUUCUCACUGUGGGUGGUGCUUUGAGGUCCGAGUUUUGGCGAGCUAAUGUUGAUCUGCUUUUGAUUACUGUGGCAACAAAUGCCUGUAAUGGUGGAUGGGCCAAUGAAGCAAAAGGCACCUUUGACCGGUCUCAUGAACCUGCUUCAACUUGGGCAGAUUUCCAGCUUGCUGCAUUACACGCACUUUUGGCCUCUCUUCUUUCUCCAUCUCAUGUCCGACCACCAUAUUUAUCUCAAGGUCUUGAACUUUUUCGUAGAGGAAAACAAGAAACAGGGACGAAACUGGCUGAAUUCUGUGCCCAUGCCAUUUUAGUUUUAGAAGUGCUCAUACAUCCGCGAGCUCUUCCACUGGGGGAUUUUACAUCUGGAAGCCAUGAUGCAUUUGCUGAACGGGUCAACUGGAGAUUUCCAGAAAAUACAUUUUCCGCUGGUCUCAAACCAAAUCAAUUUCCAGGAGUCAUAAUGGGAUUGGAUGAGCCUGACCCAGAUGAUGACCUAUAUAACAGCUGGCUUAGUAAUGGGGAAGAAACUGAGGCCCCAGUGAGUGUUCAAGAUAAGCAAUUGGAAAGUGCCGUAGAACCUUGUGAGAAAAGGCAGACUAAUGGAGAUUCUCAAGCAGAAAAGAUCUCCAGCGAACAUUCAGCUGGUGAUCAAGCUCUGGAAGAAGGCAAUAGAAGAUCAAUGGAUGAUGCUGAUGUGGAGAUGGAAAGAGGCAGCGAUGGGAUCAUGGUCCAGUCAGAGCAAUUGCUAGUAUCCAUGUCUAGUGGAUAUGUCGAGACAUUAGAUAAAAGUCUCUUGGAUCCUACUCAGUGUGCCAGAGAUGAAGUAGAGACCUCAAAGAGCGCUUUAGACGGUAACACAUUUGAUGCAUCAACAAUUGCCUCUCUUUCAUCCAAAAUCUCCCUUGACAGUGACAUGGAUGGCAAAGGUGCCACACCUGCUGCAGGAAAAGGACCAGUAUUCGAUCUCAAUUCUGACUCGUCCAUGGAUUCCUUCCCAGAUAUUGUUGAUGCAGAUCCAGAUUCCGAUUAGCAUUGUAACCUGUUUUGGUAAAAUUUAAAUGGGCUUGGGAGAGGAGGGUGUACUAGUAAGGAUCGAAGAAGAGAAAAUUAUUGCGGUUUUGAGGUUACCUGUUUUUAUUGUGGUCCAAAUAUUUGUUGGAAGGAAAUUAAGGAAAAAGAAAGUAUUUAUAACGAAAUGGAUGUGGCAAUGGUAAAGAUUACCGACAUCCAUUCCAAAGAGCUUUUCAAUCUUGGGUUUUCACUCUCA